AUGGAGGCGAUCACAUCUCUUCUAUUCGAUGUCAGACAGGAGUCUUCCACCACCAUCACCAACAAGUAUCCGCAUAUGACACAGGAUGGGGCAUCGCUUGUGGUCACAGCUGGUAUCAUGAUGGUGCUAACCACCCUCUGGACGAUAAUGCGCCUCAUUGCCCGUCAGAUCACCGGAAACUCGUUUCAAUUGGAAGAUUAUUUGUAUUUCGCCGGGCAGGUGCUUUACUACGGCGUCGCGACGAGUUUUAUCCUGGGAGUUGUAAUCGGCGGUGCAGGACAUGACGUUGAGGUUCUGGAUACUGACUUACACAUCUCCCACUUUGUCAAGAUUUUCCUUGCCGCACAAGUCAUGUACGCGAGUGAGCUGCUGGCAAUCAAGCUAAGCAUUAUCGUUCUGAUGCAGCGGAUCUUCUCGCGUAGUAGUACGUGGUUUCGAUACACUAGCUGGGUUGCGAUCUUCCUGUCCUCUGUUUGGGCGUUGUACACAGCGUUGUUGGGUUUCGUCAUCUGCCAGCCAAUCCAGAGCGCUUGGGACAUCUACAUCACCAAAACCGGGUGUGGCAAUUAUACAGUCGCCUUCAGUGCUGUCGCAAUAUUCGACAUUAUUACCGACGUUGUCAUUGUGGUCCUUCCCAUCAAGGUUGUCAGCGGCCUCCAGAUGGCUAGAGCACACAAAGUAGCAACUUGCGUCGUCUUUGGUGCUGGAUUUAUCACCAUCAUCUUCUCAGGCGUCCGUCUGUAUUACACCCUGACGGCGGAUUUCGUCAAUAUCACUAAAGGUUUCGCGUCCGCGUCAGUCAGUGGCGUGCUUCAGUCGGGUAUCGCCGUCAUGGUGGCCUCGAGUCCUAUGCUACGCCCGGUGUUCGACCGCACCGUAGUUCGAUGGUUUAGCCUAUCAAUUGGCAGUGGUUCACGAACCACCGGCACUGCGCCGUCAAAGUCGCAAGGCCCUGCAACGAUCGGAAGCCGACCCGGUCAACAUGCAUCUCAUGUCCGAAGCGAUGGGUUUAAGCAAAUGUCGGACAGUGACGAGAACUUGUCUUGGGAAAUGCAAGGUCUGGGAGACUUGAAACGGAAGAAGGGCACACCUCAGAACCGUGCUUUUGUGGAAGUUGAGGCUUUUAGAAACUCUGGUCGCGGGUCUCCAAAUGAUGUUGGUAUUGAAGUCACACGCACGGUUGCUAUAGAGAGAUAG